GUGAGGCGUGGGGAGAGUUUGGGCGUGGAGAACUUGUCAUUGAGCGACGGGGGUCAUGGCGCCGAAUACGCCGAUCGAAGUAGAACAGGAGCAGCCGCUGUCCAGGACGUACCAGUAUCGCAAGGUAAUGAAGCCGAUGCUGGAGCGCAAGCGUCGCGCGCGCAUCAACAAGUACCUCGACGAGCUGAAAGACCUGAUGGUCAACGCGCUGGCCAACGAGGGCGAGAACGUCACCAAGCUGGAGAAGGCGGACGUGCUGGAGCUGACGGUGCGCCACCUGCGCAAGCUCAAGCAGAACCACCUGCUGGGCGUGCUAAACCCCAACGUGCUGCACGAGCGGUAUAUGGCCGGCUUCACGCACUGCGCCUCGCAGGUCAGCACGUUCCUGGCGGCGUCGGGGCCCGCGGCCGACGUCGGCGUCUCGUCCCGCCUUAUGAGCCACGUCUCCAAGUACAUGCAAGCCAUGGAGAAGGUGGCUGCCAUCCACAGCGGCGGCUUCCCAGCGCCGGCGCCCGCGGCCGGCGCGCCGCGCCUCAUCACGCCGCCGCUGACGCCGCCCGGGCACCCGGCCGGACACCCGACGGCGCACCCGGCCACGCACCCGCUGCACCGUCCGAUGCGCGUGCACUGCGAGAUGUCUCCGCCGACCAGCUACUCCGACCUCUCACCCUCGGGGUCGGAGGUCAGCUCGCGCGCCUCGCCGCGCUCCGAGCCGGCGUCCGCUGAUGAGGACAAGGUGUGGCGGCCGUGGUGAGCCGGCCACGGCGCGCCGGUGGGCGAUCCGUCAUUACUGUGUGGAGCUGGCAGUUUCGCGAUGUUAAGUGUGCGCCAGGCUCAUGUGUUUUUGUCACCCCUAUGCGGCUGUUGUACAGAUCGGUGGCCUUAUUUAGCUGUGAUAUUUGUUCACGUUGGGGACCAAUAAUAAAUGGUCUCGAUGUUA